AAAAGAAAGACAAGAAAAGGAAUGAUUAGGAGAAUAGUCGACGCUGGCAAGUCCACUCCUAAGUCUUGAAUCUUUUCUCUUCAGAAAAAUUCUGCAGAUAACAUUUUCUGAUCUUGACAAGCAUGGCGGAAACAUUCUUGUUCAACAUCAUAGACAGGGUGUUGGGCAGAUUUUCUUCCAUCGCACUAGAACACAUCAGUUCAGCUUGGAACACGAAAUCAGAGGUGCAAAAGCUUCAGAACACUUUGUCCACCAUUAGAGCUGUGAUCUUGGAUGCAGAUGGGCAGCAAGCCAAGAAUCAUGAAGUCAGAGACUGGCUCGAAAAGCUCAAGGAUGCUGUUUAUGAAAUUGAUGAUCUGCUGGAUGAUCUCACAACACAAGUUUCACAGAGGAAUGUGGAGAUUUACAGUGGGAUUUUGAUCCUAAAAAAGGUGAGAAGAUUCUUUUCAAGUUCAAAUCCCAUUGCCUGUAGAUUCAAGAUUGCCCAGAGGGUAAAAAGGCUAAGGCAGAGACUAGAUGAAAUUGCAGAUGAUAGAACAAAAUUUCACUUUUCUGAACAAGCCCAUUUCAUUCCUGUAGACAAUAAUGUCAAGGAACAAACUCAUUCCUUUGUGAGAGCAUCAGACAUCAUUGGUAGGGAUGGUGAUAAAGAAAAUAUUGUGCAGUUGCUUCUGAGCUCUAAGGAUGAAGAAGAUGUUUCAGUUGUUCCUGUUGUUGGAAUAGGAGGUCUUGGGAAGACAACAGUUGUUAAACUGGCCUACAACGAUGACCGGGUUGUUCAAAGCUUUGAUCUUGGAAUGUGGGUUUCUGUUUCUGAGGAUUUUGGCGUUGGCAAAGUUGUUGAGAAGAUUCUAAAAUCUGCAACAGGUGAGAAUCUUGCCCAUCUUGAUAUGGAUCAGAUGCAAAGCUGUUUAGCCGGUGUUUUGAACAACAAGAAGUAUUUACUUGUGUUGGAUGAUGUGUGGAAUGAGGAUCGUAAUAAGUGGAUGGAUUUGAGGGAGUUGUUGAUGAACGGUCGAACAGGAAGUAAAAUCAUUGUCACCACGCGAAGUAAGGCUGUAGCUCUGAUUACUGGCACGACAUCUCCAUACAAUUUAGCCGGCCUGUCAGAUGAUGACUGCUUAUCUUUAUUUCUGAAAUGUGCUUUCAGAGGACCUGACAAUUGGCUUCCUAAUCUAGUAGCAAUCGCGAAGGAAAUUGUGAAGAAAUGUGGUGGAGUUCCACUUGCUGUCAAGACCUUGGGUGGCUUGUUGUAUAUGAAUACAGACGAACAAGAAUGGUUGCAUAUCAAGGAUAAUGAUAUAUGGGAAAUUGAUCAAAAGCAGAGUGAUAUUCUACCUAUACUGAGGCUAAGCUAUGAAAAGUUACCACCCCAUUUGAGGCAAUGCUUUGCUUAUUGCUCUAUGUUACCCAAGGGCUUUGAAAUUCCACGGGAGGUUUUCAUCAACCUUUGGAUUGCUCAAGGUUUGGUUAGUUCAACAAGCAAGAAUAGAGAACUUGAAGAUAUUGGGAAUCGAUACUUCAAUGAACUUUUAUCAAGAUUUUGCUUUCAAGAAGUGGUGGAAGCUUUUGAUGGAGAAAUAUUGGUUUGUAGGAUUCAUAACCUUGUCCACGACCUCGCUCAAUCCGUGGCAGGCGAUGAAUGCCUAAACUUCAAAGCUGAUAUUAAAAGCAUCUCUGAUAGAGUUCGUCACCUGUAUUUGCAUGACGAAGAUCUGUCGGAAAAAGAAGCCCCCAGAACAUUAUUCAGAUUGAAAAAUUUGAGGUCUUUUAGAUGUACAUUCAAGAAUAAACCUUUAGACAUGACCUUUAUUCAAGGCAUCGCAAUGAAAUUCAGACGCCUGCGGGUCUUAGUAUUGCAAGCACUGGAUCUUGAAGAGUUACCAAGUUCUAUUGGUGGCUUGCAACAACUAAGGUAUCUUGACCUGAGUCACAGCAGUAACCUGAAGUCUCUUCCUAAGUCGUUUUGCAAGCUUGUGAAUUUACAGACACUGAACCUUAUGAACUGUGAAAAGUUUCAAGAUUUGCCUGGAAAUUUCAGAAGUUUAGUCAGCAUCAAAACCUUGUAUUUGACUUGCAGGGAGAUAUCUCUGACAAAGAAAAGUCUCCAAAGCUUCAAAUCUCUCCAGUUCUUGCUGCUCUACAACUGUGACUUUGUUCAGUUACCGUCAGAAGGAUUUCAGGACCUGAAUUCCCUUCGAGUGUUACGUAUUUAUGAUUGCCCAAGAUUAGCUUCUCUUCCAGAUAACAUCAAAUAUCUGACUGCACUUGAGAAGUUGUGGAUUUGGAACUGCGAAGUUCUUGAUUUGUCUGACGGAGAUGGAUUAGAGGGCUUGACGUGCCUUGAGUCGUUGCUUCUGAUGGGGCUUCCUAAGUUGAUCAAUCUCCCAAUGGGGCUUACAAAGAAUGUUGCAAAGACUCUCAAAUUUUUCCGGAUAGCAAAUUGUGCUAAUUUUGCCAUGUUGCCUGAGUGGCUUCUGAGCUUCAAUUUGCUUCAAAGGUUUUAUGUUGAGGAUUGUCCUAAUCUGUCCUUUCUUCCACAAGUGGUGGGGAGGCAUAUCGCAAAGGUGCAUGUUAGCGGUUGUCCUAAACUCGGCAAGGUUUGAUGAUGAAGAGGCAUGGAGUUGUCCAAAAUCAACACAUUUUGUGAUAGUUGUUCUGUAUUUAGUUCCGUAGACUUUAAUCUUUCUAACAUAUGACAAUGGUUUCUCUUCUGUUGUUUGUUUUGUUAGUUUCUCUAUAUUCUUUCAAAGCAAGAAUAUGAUCUCCAUAUAGGGAGCAUACCAUGAAAAUCAUAAGCAACCACUCCCUUAUACAUUUCCAUUAA